ACGGUCGCUCGCUCGCUCGCUCGCGGGGAGGAAUUAUGCUGGCAGCUGCACUGUCGUCGUCAUCCUCCAGAAUCUUCUCGAGAACCAUCGCGAAGUCCUCCGCCGCUUCCUCCUCCUCCUCCUUCUUCUCCCCGCGCGCCGCUCCCCGCCACGCGAUCCGCUCGAUGGCCGACUCCUCCUCCGCCGCCGCCGCCGCCGCCGGUUCGGCUCCUUUCACCAAAGUCCGCAUCCAGAGAGAAGACACCGCCUUUGAUGCAUAUGUGGUUGGAAAAGACGAUGCCCCCGGGAUCGUGGUGUUGCAGGAGUGGUGGGGUGUGGAUUUUGAGAUCAAGAACCAUGCUCUGAAAAUUUCUCAAAUGGAUCCUGGGUUUAAGGCUCUCAUCCCAGAUCUUUAUCGAGGAAAGGUUGGUCUUGAUGUUGCAGAAGCACAGCAUCUAAUGGAGGGCCUUGACUGGGCGGGUGCUGUAAAGGAUAUCCGUGCCUCAGUUAACUGGCUUAAGGCUAAUGGAUCUACUAAGGUUGGUGUGACUGGUUUCUGCAUGGGAGGUGCUCUUUCCAUUGCAAGUUCUGUUCUGGUCCCUGAGGUUGAUAGUGUGGUUGCCUUCUAUGGUGUGCCUUCUCCUGAGCUCGCUGAUCCCGCUAAGGCUAAGGCUCCUGUGCAGGCUCAUUUUGGGGAGCUUGAUAAUUUUGUUGGCUUUUCAGAUGUGACGGCUGCCAAGGCUUUAGAGGAGAAGCUGAAAGCUUCUGGCAUCCCCUACGAGGUACACAUUUAUCCAGGCAACGGGCAUGCUUUUAUGAACAGGUCUCCCGAUGGCGUCAAGCGGAGGAAGAAUAUGGGAUUGGAGGAUGAUAAUGAAGCCACAGCCGAGCUCGCAUGGUCUCGCUUCAAGACAUGGAUGUCCCGCUACCUGCAUCCGUAGACGACUUGUCUUUUGUGUGUGUGUGCAUGCGGUAUGUUCAUAUUGCCAAGAUGCUGCUCUAGAUGCGCCACGGUGUCAAUAGUGAGUACGUGCUGCUGUCUAAAUAAGUGGUUCGUGUCUUCUGAUCCACUGUAAACUCUGAGUACGAGUCUGCAUUGGAAUGUUAUUAUGAUUAAUGAAACUCUGGUUGUGAUCC